AUGGCUUACUCAGCCAAUAAUUUUACCCUCUUCCUUCUCAUUUCCCUCUUAUCCACGUUUCAUUCCCAUGCAAGAGACAGCCAACUCUUUAACAAAGUUCCUAGCACCACCACCACCACCACCACCAAUGUCCCAUACAAAGAAGACCCUCUAAGCGGCCAAGACCAGGAACCAAAUUUCCUUCCACAAAAUGAAAAUGGCUAUGGUCUUUAUGGUCACGAGUCCGGUCAACUCCCGCCUUCCACCACCACCACCUCGACACCCUCCGCCACCACCACUACCAAGAUUCCAUACAACACUAAAUCAGAAAAACCCCUUAACAAGUAUCUCCCGAAAAACUACAACCCUGUGGCCUACGUGACUGUACCAGAAGACAAAAACAACGGCAACAGUUUCACAGAAGAAAGUUACAACACCAGAACUAACAACAACAACAACUACUAUAAUGGUGGCGAUAAUUUCAAUGAGCGGCCACAAGGGCUGAGCGGCACCAGGUUCACCGGCGGCGGAAGUUACUCCACCACCCCAAACAACCGUGAGAAUUACUAUAACAACGGCGGCAGACCUAACAACUUCGGACCUCAAGGAUUGAGUGACACAAGAUCAAUGGAGAAUGGAAAAUUCUUUUAUGAUGUCAACAGUGAAAAAUAUAGCAGCAACCACCCAUAUGAGAGCUUGAAAGGAGUUCGUGCAAGAAAUGAGUACAACAACAAGAAUUAUUAUGGGAACAACGAGAAUUCAUAUGAGUAUAAUAACAAGUACUCCGUGGAAGGACAUUUUCAAGAUGAGUUCCAAAAUGAAGAGGAUAUGCCAUGA